CCUGAUUCUACUAUGUUCAGAUUGAAAAAUACUGGAACAAUGGGAUCAAACCAACUCCCAGAAGGUAAUAUAUUAUAAUCAUGAAAUAGUUAAACAAUAUAAAUAUCCUCCUUCAGUCAGACCUCCUGUACCCAAAAAGGAUGAAAAGCCUAUUCAUGGACUUAAAUCAAAUAAAAAUUUCAUAGUGACAAAUGCAGUAGAAAAUAUUCUAAGUGCACCAAAAUAAAUAGUAGAUGAAAAACCAUGGACUGAAAAAAAGGACUAUGGUAAGGUACCUGACUAUCUUACAAAAAUAUAAUAAAGCAUUUCAAGUGAAUAUGAAAUUAUUAGAAAUAUGCAUAUAAGUGAAGCUGAAGAAAUGGAUAAAUAAAAAUAUUUGAUGACAUAAGAAGAAGUUGAAUAAUUAAAAAAGGGAUUAAAAAAGAAAUGGGAAUCUGUUAAUAAAGAAUACUAAUCAAUUACACAUAUUCGAAUGAUUGAUACUGUUGGAUUAAAGAGAAAGUAAUAAUAAAUCCAUAUUAUUUUUAUAGAAAAGAGUAAUGUGAGAAGGAAUUGGCUUAAUUGGAGAAAGAUAUUGAAAAAUUAAAUAAAAAUUAUGUCUUUGUUGACACAUAAAAAUGAUGAUCAUUCCAAAAAUAUAUAUAUAUAUAAAAUCAUAUUAAAC